AAGCAAAAGGACAGUGGCGUGGCAAGUUUAGAACAAGAAGUGAGAUUGAGCCGAGCUGAAACAAAAGCUCUUUUAGCAGCAUCUUCUCAAACAAUUUCUCUUCUUUAAUGGCUUUGAAUUACUUGCCACAUUCUCCUUCUUCUCACUGGUUUUUCCCUCCAAGUUUCAAAUCCUCAACGGUCAGAAAACCCCUUUUGGCGCGAAUUUCCAACUGUCAGCCCCCUUCCUCCUCCAACGGCUCCCUCUCCCUCCGACAAAACAAACCCUUCUCAGUGAAGGCAGAGGCCGAUGUUGUGGUGAUUGGGAGUGGCAUUGCGGGAUUGUGUUGUGCAGGGCUCCUAGCAAGGUAUGGAGAAGAUGUUGUUGUAUUAGAAAGUCAUGAUCUACCAGGGGGUGCUGCGCAUUCUUUUGAGAUUAAAGGCUACAAGUUUGAUUCUGGACCAUCUUUAUUCUCCGGGCUUCAGUCACGAGGACUUCAGGCGAACCCUCUUGCACAGGUUCUGGAUGCACUGGGUGAGUCAUUACCAUGUGCCAAUUAUGACUCUUGGAUGGUCUAUGUACCUGAAGGUGAAUUCUUGUCUCGUAUUGGCCCUACAGAAUUUUAUAAGGAUCUUGAGAAGUAUGCAGGCCCGAAUGCUGUGCAGGAGUGGAAAAAACUUCUUGAUGCAAUACUUCCAUUAUCUGGAGCUGCAAUGGCUCUGCCUCCUUUGUCAAUCCGAGGUGACCUGGGUGUCAUUUCAACUGUUGCAGCAAGAUAUGCCCCCUCUCUGUUGAAAUCAUUUGCCCAGAUGGGACCUCAAGGAGCUUUGGGUGCUACGAAGCUUCUCCGACCAUUUUCAGAGAUUGUUGAUUCAUUGGAUUUGAAAGACCCUUUUAUAAGAAACUGGGUGGACCUCUUAGCUUUCCUGCUUGCCGGUGUGAAAUCUAAUGGUAUACUCUCAGCAGAGAUGAUUUACAUGUUUGCAGAAUGGUAUAAGCCAGGUUGUUCUCUUGAGUAUCCUCUUCAUGGAAGUGGGGCUCUUGUAAAUGCUCUUGUUCGAGGAAUGGAGAAGUUUGGUGGACGGCUUUCACUGAGAAGCCAUGUGGAGAAGAUAGUGGUUGAAAACGGUAGAGCCAUUGGAGUCAAGCUAAAAAGUGGUCAAUUUAUAUGCGCCAAGAAAGCUGUAGUCAGCAAUGCAUCUAUGUGGGACACUUUGAAGAUGUUGCCUAAGGAAAACCUUCCAAAGUCUUAUGUAGACAGGAUUAACACGACACCGCAAUGUGAAUCAUUCAUGCAUCUUCAUUUGGGGUUUGAUGCAGAGGGUUUACGAGAGGACUUGGGGAUUCAUCAUAUAGUUGUGAAUGACUGGGACAGAGGAGUCGAUGCUGAUCAAAACGUUGUUUUAAUUUCUAUACCGAGUGUGCUUAGCCCUGAUCUGGCACCCCCUGGAAAACAUGUAUUACAUGCUUAUACUCCAGGAACUGAACCAUUUGAAUUGUGGGAAGGACUCGAUCGUAGAAGUCCCGAGUACAAAAAACUCAAAGCUGAACGAUCAGAGGUAAUGUGGAGAGCUGUGGAGCGUGCACUUGGUCCCAGCUUCAGUCGUGACAAAUGUGACGUUAAGAUGGUUGGAACUCCUUUGACACAUCAAUGGUUUCUUCGACGAAAUAGAGGAACUUAUGGCCCAGCUAUACAAGCAGGUAAGGACACUUUUCCUGGGCAUUCAACUCCCAUCCCUCAGCUUUAUACUUGUGGAGAUUCAACUUUUCCUGGCAUUGGAGUCCCGGCUGUUGCUGCUAGUGGCGCCAUCGUUGCCAACUCCCUAGUUUCAGUUUCUCAACACUCAGAACUUCUUGACGCCAUUGGCAUUUGAACACAUCGAUUAUGAAUUCAGUUAAAACAGUUGCCUUCCAAUCUUUCUCAAUUCCAACAUUCUAGUAUGUAUUUACACUGGAUUUAUUCAAUCAUGACACAUUGCUUAUACAAAAAAUAAUCCCAGAAACGAAACUAAUCCCAUCAUGACAUAGUUCUCAUGUGGGCAUGCUCGAACUUUAUUGUAAAACAAAGACAAGUUCCUUCACAGUGGCAAAUUUUAUCAUUGAUCUUCUUUUCAA